AUGAGCUGCCUGCCAAGACUGAGGGUGCUGCCUUGCAGUGCCUGUUAUUCACUCUCCAGCAGUCGGAAUUCAGCCAAGAAGUUCCUGCACAGCCCACAGAACCACAAGUGUAGGCUUGUGAGGGUUGCCGCAGCAGCAACUGGGCCCACUCCCACCCAGGACCCAGAUCAGGAGGAGGGCCAGGACUACACACCUUGCGAUUUUGUAAUUUACUGCAAAGAUCCCGUGGACACCUGUCACCAUGAAGCAGGCAUCUGGAUCAGUGCUCCCAUUGCGAAGUGCUUCAAGAUGUGGAACGAGUGGGGCAACCUUUUGCAUUUCUUAGAUCUGGUUGGAGAUAUUCACCUUGCCGAGCACAACAAGGACACCCAUGCGCUGUUUUUCUGUUAUUAUCGCUGGGCAUUGUACCCCAUUCUGGAGAUAGCAUUUAUUUUGGAGAAGGAGGAGGUUGUAGAGAACAAGGUGAUAAAGUUUAAGUCUCUGUGGGGCAUGCCACUCAAAGGACUGGUGGAGUUUCGGGAGCAAGACGGAGGCACUUACGUGGAGCUGAGGUUCGAGCACCUCAUGCCAGUCUUAUUCAAGGAAUACAAAAUUGGCGUCAUGGCCGUAGAAAGCGACAUGAAGAAGAUUCUGUCUGAGAACAUGGUCGUUCUGAAGGACAUACUGGAAGGCCGAUUGGCCAUCGACGAUACAGACGUCACGUCUGCAGCAGGCAAAUCAUCCAGCUAG